ACCACAGACCUGUCCAGCGACAUUACUAAAAUAGUUUCAGAUAUCUGUUAUAUCAAAACUAGUCCCACCCAAAUCAACAAGUAUGUAAGCAGAAUUCUUUCUAUUACAGACCUUAUGGGAGACAGACGGUGUUCGAGGGAGACUCUCAUAACAUGACAGCACCUUCAUUAGCACUUCAGCUGAUCAACCCUGACACCUCUCAGUUCCAUGGCCUCACAUUCGAGGUGUCCUCCUUACUGAAUGAUAGCACCCCUGAGAUAUUGUAUGACAAGAACUUUACAGCACAUCCAGACACAGGAACUGUAGCAUUCAUUUCUUUGCCUCAUGCAAUUGAGAGCUUUUUCCCAAACAAUGGAGCCAGACCUCGUGUACAGUUUCAUUUUUAUGGCACAGAAAAUUUAUUUGAGGACUCUACAGCCGUCAUGAAGCUGAACUCUUAUGUAGUAUCUGCCAGCGUCACCAAUGCCACAGUAAGCAACCUUGAGAUCCCAGUGAUGGUCACUCUCCGUCAUCUCCAAAACAAAGAGGAUUGGGACGCUGUCAAGUGUGUCUACUGGGACUUCAACAAAAACAAUGAGAAAGGUGGAUGGAAUGAUACGGGAUGUGAGACAGUGAUGUCUAAUGCCACUUAUACAUCCUGUUCCUGUGAUCACCUCACACAUUUUGGAGUUCUUCUGGACAUCUCUAAAACCCCAAUAAGUGUGAAAGACGAAUGGAUUCUGACCAUCAUCUCGUACCUGGGCAGUGGCAUAUCCUCCAUCUUUCUUGGAGUCACACUGUUGACCUAUUUGUCCUUUGAGAAACUGAGGCGAGAUUACCCUUCAAAGAUCCUUAUUAACCUCUCCGUAGCCUUGCUAGGGUUGAACAUGCUCUUCCUGGUGAACUCCUGGCUUGCCUCUUUUAACAGCAAUGCCAUCUGUAUUACUGUAGCAGCCUUUCAACAUUACUUUUUCCUGGCUACCUUUACUUGGAUGGGACUGGGUGCAAUCAACAUGUAUCUGGCCUUGGUCAAGGUCUUUAAUUCAUAUGUGCCAUCUUACAUCCUCAAAUUCUGUGCACUUGGAUGGGGUUUACCUCUGCUGGUUGUAAGUUUAGUGCUUGCCAUUGAUAUAAAUUCAUAUGGCACCAGUCUCUCCAGAGCACUUUUCCAAGAAUCCACUGCAUUUUGCUGGUUAAAGAAUGAGGUGACCUUUUAUGUGACGGUGGUUUCCUUCGUGACCCUGGUCAUGGUCUGUAACAUCUGCGUGUUUAUCGUGGUGCUGGUACAGAUCCGUAAAAUGCGAGUCAAUAAGCCUUCCAGCAGCAGAAAAGGGUUCCUGCAUGACCUGAGAGUGGUGGCCAGUCUCACCUUCCUGCUGGGACUUACCUGGAUACUAACCUUCGUCGCCUGGGGCCCAGCCAAAACACCCCUGAUGUACCUGUUCUCCCUCUUCAACAGUCUUCAAGGUUUCUUUAUCUUCCUGUUUUAUUGUCUGAUGAAAGACAAUGUAAGGAAGCAGUGGAGGGUACAUCUCUGCUGUGGAAGAUUCAGACAGACUGAAUACUCAGACUGGAGCCGUUCUGUGACACCGGGGGCCAAAGCGAAAGGUGGUCUACAAGUCUCCUCACUGUCUAUGAAGUCAGAGACUACCAGUGAAAGGAAGAGCUCCGAUACCUCAAACUCAGGGACCAGCCAUAACGGUGUUUUCCUGACACAGGACAGAAAACAAUAAAAAGAGGGCAUAUGAAAUCUGUGUAUUCAAUUUCUUUUUGUGUUUAUGUUAAAUUACAUGUUUGGAAAUCUCCAGCAGAAAUUUGAAGGCUUCAUUAAGUUGUUGUUUUUUUCUUUUUGUCAACUAUAUUGUCAUUAUUUCAUUGAUUAAAAAAAAAUAAUAAUAGUUUCAACGAUUCUUUUAUUUCUUCCAGAGAGAUGGAUUACUGAGGUACUCUGUUUAAAUGUGUUAUGUGUCAUUCAAGUGACUGAUAUCUAUACAUCUGUAUAGCUAAAGACAGCACUUUUUCUGAAUUACUAGGUUAGUUAUUUUUGCUUCAGAU